GAGAUUGCGCAACAGGAAGCGCGUGAUCGCUCCCAUGAUGCAUCGCUGCAGCUCAGCUGAGCACAGAGAUUCUGCUGGACGCCUCGGAUUCUCUCCAGAUUAGAGCUGUUUUUACACGGAAUCCGAUCUGAGGGGAUUAUAAUCCGACCACGACAUGUUUGUCCAAUGUGAGUAAGAAGCAUCUAAGAGGAGACAUGCUCGCGACUCAACUCGCUGACUCUGUUCAAGAGGCCAAAAAUGUCAAACAGUGGAUCAAGGAGAAGAUAGCACAGACCCUGAAGUCACUGCAGAAGCGCUACGUGACCACGGACGCGCCGGUGACCAGCGAGGACUCGGAGGCCAACCAGCUCUGCUGCGCUCUGGAAGCCGUCUUCAUUCACGGCCUCCGCAGUAAACACAUCCGGACAGACGGAGCAGGAGCACGUAACCGCAAAGGAGGCUCUCUUCCUCAGCCGGUCUUCUGGAACCUGCUUAAAACCAUCACUCACAGAGAUGUGAUUCUGGAGCUAGAGGGUUUGAGCUUCAUCAACUCGGACGUAGGCCGGUGCCGAGCAUGGGUGCGUUUGGCUCUGAACGAUGGGCUAUUGGAGUGCUACUUGACGUCACUUCUCCGAGAGAGCACCAAGCUGGGGGCCCACUACCAACCCGGAGCACUGCUCCUUGACCCCGAGGAGCGUGAGGUUCUGCUCAGUCUUCUGCAGGGCUUAGCCUCGCUUGCUUUCCAGCUUUCCUACAAAUCUGCAGUGCUCAAUGAGUGGACCACCACACCGCUGGCACUCGCUGGUCUAUGUCCACUUCUGCCCAACGAUGACUUGUGCCCCCCUGCUUCACGCCGGGAAUCUUGGGAUACAGCUUCUCAGUCAUCUGGAUCCGGGGGCUCUGGCCGAGGUCAGGUAGGCAGGACGGCCUCGGAUCUCAGCCUGGACACCGCCGGUUCUUGCCAUCUCUCUUCCAGCUUCGGCUCAGAGAAAGAGAGCUGGAGCCUCCAAACGGAGAACAAGAGUCCAACUGAAGAAAUGAGUAUCUCCUCCAGCCAGGAUAUUAUAAAAGACCUCGAUGUGCUCAGCCCAGCUACAGACAGCAUGAACGAGUCCUCAAUUCCCAGCAGCAGUGAUGACGACUCGUCCAGCAAACGGGAUAGAAACCAGAUGCUCGAACCUCCCGUGGAGUUGUCCGUUCCCCAUGCAGUCGUUUUGGAAGACGUAUCUUCAGAAGAAGAACUCGCAGAGCAUUUGACCGCCCUUGUAACUAGAAGACCAACGAAAGAUCUUGCGGAGUCUUGUGUGGUAGAAGAUCGGAAGCAGGAUGGAGAAGAAUCUCCUGCCAUUUUGUUUGACACCACCACCCCCGUGUUAGCCUGUCAGGUGACUUCAGACUCGUCAGAUCCCAGCAAUCGUACAAACCUGGACCAUGCUUCUGUCCAUCACAAUGGUUCAUCUAAUGCUCUGAGUGUUAAAACGUCUGCAGGCUCUGUUAGUUCUCACCACGUUUCUCAGAAAUCCCAGUCCUGGAUCUCCGACGAGGACAUUUACAAGCCGGAUACUUAUGCAAGUGGCGAUUCUGAAGAGUCUGAUGCUAUUGAGUCCACCCAGGUUAAUGGGAUUGUGUCUGCUGAUGCGGGACCCGAAUCCCACCCGUCUCCACCUAGUGUGGUCCGUCGUAGACAGAUCGGCUUGUCAAACCCAUUCCGAGGUCUUCUAAAGCUGGGCCAGCUGGAGCGCCGUGGUCCUGUGGGUUUGUGGCGUGCGUGCCACUGCGAGCUGUCGCCGUUUGAGCUGCGCCUAUAUGCCGACGACGAGGAGCGUAACAUCUGUGAAAACCGCUCGCUGCUGCGCUGUGAGACUGUGCAUCUGGGCGCCGAUGGCCGGUUUCAUCUCGAAUUCCCUGGGAAGAGGCUCCACCUGCGGGCGCCGAGCAAAGCCGAGGCCGAAGACUGGGUAGAGCGCAUUAACGAGGCUGUGAGCAAUUUACGACAGGAACCACAAGAAGACUGGGAUGACCUCUCAAACUCUGUCACGCCUGCGUCUUCGCCCGCCGAGCCGUCCAGUCUGCCGGAGACUGACUGGAGCAGGCCCUGUGAGCCGGAACCAGACGCCAUAAAGGAGACUGUAGUGGGCUUGAGCCGAGACGAGCAAGGGUGGUGUCUGAUAGUGCUGUCUCUUUCACUGGAGGCGCUUCAGGGGUUUUUAAUGCAGGACGGAUGCAAAACGCAUCUUUUCUGCCAUGGCGUCGAUGCUGUGAGAGACGUAGUACCUGCUGUGGCCCUGGGAGGCCCCGCCUUCUUCAAGGUUCUGACAGCGAAGGAGACACUAACGAUGCAGGCCGAGAAUGGCGAGCAGGCGCGUUCCUGGAGGAGCCUUAUCCGCAGGGCUCUAGAUUCAUACCUGGAGGAUGAGAACGAGACAGGAGGCAAAUUGACGUCGCUGAGUGGAGGCAACGUCCACAGACUUGUUCAGCACAGGCUUAAGGAUGAUGGCGUGCUGCUGCCCUUUCUGACCGUGGUCCCUAAUGAAAAAGGGCUGAAUGCACAGAACUUUAAAUGUGCAGGCUGUCCCAGGCAGAUUGGUGUAUCUUUAGGACGAGCCAGGCUGUGUGAGUUCUCAGGUCAAUAUUACUGUGAUAGCUGUCACCAGGGUGACAUCACAAUCAUCCCUUCUCGCAUGGUGCACAACUGGGAUCUCAGAGCACGUGAGGUCUCCAGGCAGGCCAUGAAGCUGCUGACCGAUAUUGAGCAGGAGCCCUUAAUAGACCUUGAUGUGUUAAAUCCUGACCUGUUUGAUCACACUGACACCAUGGCAAGAGUGCAAUGCUUCAGGCAAAGACUCCGUCUCCUUGGAGAUUACCUGCUCAUUUGUCGCAGUGGAAUCCAGAAAAAAAUUCAGGCCAGGUUGCAGCAGAGGACCUACCUACUGGAAUCAAGUCAUCUAUAUAGUGUUCUGGAUUUCAGGCAGAUAGCAGACAACCAGUACGAGUCCUUUCUGCAGUCUGUCGUCCAGUUCUCAUGCAACCAUGUGCAACAUUGUGACCUCUGCACACAGCGAGGGUUCAUCUGCCAGAUCUGCAACGCGGACGACAUCAUUUUCCCUUUCCAGUUCGACACCACCUCAAGGUGUAAAGCAUGCAAAUCUGUUUUCCACUCGUCCUGCAAAGCCCAGAGCGUCGGUUGUCCUCGCUGCGAACGUCUGCAGAGAUAUAAGGAGCGAGACCAUCUGGAAUAAACCGCAUGCUCUUCUACAUCUCCCUGUAGCUCCAGCACCGGUGUAUCUGUACUGAACGUUCCUCAUGACCAUCAGUAGCUGUGAUCUGAUCGCUGCAGAGCUCAAAUACAGAUCAUGUAUUUAUUUACACUGCCUCAAGUGCACUUAUUUAUACCUAUAGACUGACCGAAUGCACCGUACACACGUGUGUGUGUGUGUGUGUGUGUGUGUGUGUUGCUAUAAGAACCAGACUCUUAACUUGCACUAACUGAGAAUCGAGUAACUUUUCCUCCAUAAGCAUGAGAUGAACCUGUACUGGAUAGAUGAUUAUUAUUAUUAUUAUUAUUAUUUUCUUCAUCGCAGUAAUCUAUAGACAUAUAUCAUGGAGAAUCGUCUACAUCUGUGGGGGGGAAAAGGCACUUUUUUAUUAGCGCUUAUGCUUUUUUUUUUUUUUAUACAGCUCCAUCUUUUUAUCUUUCUUACGGAAAUGAAGGGCUGUUCUAAUACGGCAGCAUAAACGUGUAGCAUUUUAUUCUGAUCUACAUUCAUUCAUACAACGGAAACUCCCGAGAUCUUUUCUCCUUUCUUCAUACCGAUUUGUAAGAUUUAUUUGAUUAUUUGUUUUUUAACUCACACUGCCAAAAACUUCACCGUUACUCGACCUUAACACUCUGUACACGUCGUGUCGCACGACCUACGCUUUCUUUUCACACCUGUUUUUAUCGCUAUUGGCAAGCGGAAAAUUGAAAAUUGUAAUUACUCGAUUCGUGUAACGAAACGUUCCAGCGUUACGUGUUCGGGUCAAACCCGCUUCUUUUUACACCGCAUGGGCAUUUUCUGGCGCGUACCACGCACGCUGCUUCUUCAGUCGCCAAAUUAAUCACCGUUUAUACGAUUCUACUGUUAUUUGCACAAGCUCACGAUCAGUCUAAAGACACGUCGCAGUUAUGUGUUGGUUUUAUUGGGAUCGAAAACAUUUAUUUUAUUAGCAUAUUUGACUUUUAUUUAUUUAUUUUUUUUGACGCAUACAGAUGUCUAACUCUGUACAUGUCUAGAUUUAAAAUAAUUUAUUUUGAAUUUUUUUUAUUAUUAUUAUUAUAAACUCGAGGGAUUCUGCCUUCUCUGACUCCAGGGUGCAACAUCCGAGGCAUCGCAUUGUGAUACGCUUUACGUGAUGCAACUCUUCUUCUGGUGCUUUUUCAUAACCGUUGCCUUACGUCAUCAUGAUUAAAUAAUGUUUUAUUAUAGUGAACGGACUGAAUUUUUUUUUAUUAAUACUAUUGUUUGUUUGUUUUUUUUUCCCUCUUCUGUUUAACCUUAAAUACUUGGUUUGGUUUCUGCCUUAUUUUCUUUACAUAAAGAUUUUUUUAUUAUUAUUUAUGACACCGAUGACAUUGUUGUCUAUGUACAAAAAACUUUCUUCUUUUUAAUAUCAUUCCUCCGGAAGAGCUUUGUGUCCCGUUUAGUCCAGCGUCAUAGCGAUAAUCCAAAUAACUUUCAUUUCGCAUUAAAGAGUAGCUGCUGUUGAGUUCAACACACUGCAUCGUGACCAAAUGCUCAGCGUUUUAACACAAAUGGAUCUCUGAAGCCUUUUGAGAGCACCGGUGUACACCGAGCAGUUUAGGAUACGCUGUGUAAGAGAUCAUUACUCCUGAUGUCAAUACACACGUGUUUACUGUUACAUUGAAAUUUAAGAUGUGCAAUUUCUGUAAAUAAAUAAAAAAUUUUUUUGCUAUUUUUAA